AUGAAAAAAGAUAUUGUACAUGAAAAGAAAAAAAAAAAAGAAAUUGAAAAAAAUGAAUUAAAUAAAACAGAAAAAAAUAUGCAAUUUAAUAAUAAUGAUAUAACAUUUAUCAAUGAAAGUUUUCCAAAUAAUAUAUUAUUUAGUAAAUUAUCCGAUGAACAAAUAAAAAUUGUUCAAGUCCCUUUAAAUUUGAAUUUAUGUAUAAUUGCCUGCCCAGGAUCAGGUAAAACUUCUACCUUAACAGCUAGAAUUAUUAGAAGUAUAAUAGAAAAGAAAAAAUCUGUUGUGUGUAUAACUUUUACUAAUUAUGCAGCUAAUGACUUAAAAGAUAAAAUAAUGAAAAAAAUAAAUUGUUUGAUAGAUUUAUGUUCAAACAAUGAUUUAUAUUGUAAAUUAUUUAAUAAAAAAAACAUAAAAAAGAAAUGUGAUACUAAUAAUAAAAUGAAUAAAAGUAAAUUUAAAGUGUUACACACUGUUUUAUUCAUAGGAACAAUACACUCUUUUUGUAGAUAUAUUCUGUUAAAAUAUAAAUGUCAUUUCAAAAUUUUAACAGAUUCUAUUAAUAGCAAUAUAAUAAAAUUAGCUUUUAAUAAUUUUUAUUCAUCUAGUCAUGUAAAAAAUAACAUAAAAACAGAAAAUGUAGAGAAAAAUAAUAAUUCAUCAGAUUUACUAAAUUUUUUUAACGGUAUGAAAAACUUUAAUAUUAAUGAGGAAAACGAAUUGGAAGAAGAAGAAGAAGAAGAAGAUGAAGAGUUUUAUAAUUAUAUAUACGACUUAAAAGAAACCAACGAAAAGGAUUAUUUUCAACAAACUAAUAUUAAAAGUAUUUUAAAAAGAAAAAAUAUAAUAUUUUUAAAAAAGAAAAUAAAAUUAAUGAAGUACGUAGAAUUAUAUAAUAUAAAAAUAGAUAUAAACGAAGUAGAAAAAAGAUUUUAUGAAGAAUAUAAAAAAAUUUUAAAGAGUGCUAAAUUUAUUUAUUACGAUUUUGAUGAUUUAUUAAUUGAAACUUAUAAGUUAAUGAAAAAUGAUGUACAUAUAAGAAAUAAGAUUUUAGAAGAAUGGAGUUAUGUAUUUUGUGAUGAGUUUCAAGAUAUUAAUACCACACAAUUUAAUAUUCUUCAAUUUUUUGCUAAUACUAAUGUUAUACCUCAUAAUAUUGAGAAUAAUAUAAAUAUUACAGAUUUCAUAGAAAAAAAUGAUUUAAAUAACCUUAAUCCUAACGGUAUAUAUGUUGAUAAACACUUUAACCAUUUAUUAAAAAAUAACAAUAGUAUAGAAGAAGAAAAAGGUAAUAAUUCAUCAUUAUUCAAAGGAAAUUCUGAUGUAACAUCAGAAAAUGAAGAGAAUGAUUAUAAGAAAAAUAAAUCAUUUAAUAAUUCUGAUCGUAGUAUAACUGUUAUAGGAGAUGAUGAUCAAUCUAUUUAUGCAUUUAGAGGUGCACAUGUUAAUAUUUUUAAUAAGUUUCUAAAAGAAUGUAAUUGCCUAUUAUUUAAAUUAGGAAAUAAUUUUAGAAGUACUAAAGAAAUAGUAAGAAUUUCUAGUAAUUUAAUUAUGCAUAAUUCAAGUUUUAGAAUUCAAAAAAAUUUACAUACUAACAAUAUUGAAGGACAGAAAGUUAACUUUCAUGUUUUUAAAAAUAAUAUAGAUCAAAUAUCAUAUAUUUUAUCAGAAAUUGUUUUUUUAAAAAAAAAAUACAAUUAUCAAUUUGGAGAUUUUGUAAUAUUAUCUCGAACAAAUAAAACAUUAAAAGAUACACUUAGAAUUAUCAAUAACUAUGAUACCAAAAAAAGAGCAUUAAAGUUCUUUAGUGAAAUAUACAAAUAUGAGAAAGAAAAUCUGAAGGAUAAUAAUUUAAGUGAAAAAAAUACUUGUGAUACAAAAGAUAGUAAUGGAAAUAUUAACGAAAAGAAUAUUAGUGAUAAAAAUAAUAUUAAUAAUGAAAAAGAUAAAUGGAAUGACAUUAAUAUGGAAACUUUUAAAAUUCCAGUAAAAGAAUUAAAUAAAAAAAAAUCUUUUUUUGGUUCUAAAGAAAUAAUAGAAUUAAUAACUAUUUUGAGAUUUUUACUAAAUGUAGACGAUGAUAUUAUAUUUAAGAAAUCAUUCAAAAUUAUAAAGAAUGAUAAGAACGUAAAACUUAUAAUAGAUAAAUUAACUAAUUGUGAUUUUAAUGAGAAAUUUAAUAAUGAAAUAAUUAAUCUCACUGAUGAUAGUAAAAUAAUAAAAGGUAAUACUUCAUUAUUCAGACGAAUUGAAAAUAUUACCCGUUUAUACAUACUUUCUAAAAAAAAUAACUUAGAUAAAAAAAAGUUACUUUUUUUAAAUAUGUUUACAGAAAAGGAAUUAAAAAAUAUUGUUGACUUUUUUUUUUGUAUAAAUUAUUUUUUGAAAUUUUGUUCAGGUGCCAAUUCUGUAUAUAAUUUAGUUAUAGAAAUAUUAAAAAAAAGUAACUUUAUAAGAAGAAUAUUAAAAAAAAUAGAAAAAAUGCAAAAUUAUAAUAACGAUACAUAUUUGAAUAAGACUGAAAUUUCUAAAAUUGUUAUUAGUGGUGAACAUAAUGAUGAAAUAACAACAACAAAUAGAAGUCAUAAAAAAGAAGAAAAUUAUGACGAAACUAAUAAAAAUAACUAUUAUGCUAGUAACAAUAAUGAUAAAAAUUGUAAAAAUAUAGAUAACACAUAUAAUGACUAUGAUACUAUGAAUAAAAAAUGUAGUGAUUCUCAUGUAUCUUCUAAUGCUAUCUCUCAUUUCAAUGAAAAGAAUGAAGAUAUGUUAAACUCUAAUGAAAUUGUUAAUACAAAAUGUGAACAAGUAAUAACUAUAAAAAAGCGUAAAUUUGAUGAAUUUAAUAAAAAAUUAGAAAAUAUAAAGGAUGAUGAAGAAAAAACAAAUAAUAUAGAAAAUGAAAAUUUAUUUGAUACGAACAUAGUGAAUGAACUUAAAAUUAAAAACGAUUUAAAGGUUUUAUUUAAUUUAAGUGAAGAUGAAUUAAAUCAUAAUGAAAUACAAAAUAUAUUUAUAUUUUUGCAGAUGACAAUGGAUUACAAUCCUAAUUUAUUACAACAAAAAUGUUCAGAUUGUUUAGUAUGCUUUUUAAAUGAUUUUAAAAAUAAUAUUCAUGAAAACAUGUUAAUAGAAAAAGUUACAUUAACGACUAUACAUAAAGCAAAAGGAUUGGAAUGGAAAAUUGUAUUUAUUAUAAAUGUUAUAGAAGGAGAAAUUCCUCAAAACGUUGAAAAUAAUCAAGAUAUAAUUGAAGAAAGAAAAAUUCUUUAUGUAGGAAUUACACGCGCUAAAUACUUGUUAUAUUUGUUAUGCUAUUUACAGAAUAAUUAUACUUCUGAAAAAAAUACAGUAUCAAGAUUUAUUAAUCAAAUGAAAAUCUAA